AUGCCCAGCAUCGACACCGAGCUCAUUGCGCCGCUGUCGCGGAUCUCGGAGAUCCUGCUGAAGCGGCCCGGCCGCGUGACCGUGGACGGGAUCAAGCGGCUGGCCAACAUCUACGGGUUCGAGACGUUUUCGGACGUGCUGGCGAUGAACGAGCAGAACGACCUGGUGUUUGCGUUCUCUGACAGCCGGUCAGCGUCACCAGAGGGCCGGGACGGCACGCAGAUCGAGCGGCUGUCGCUGAGCGGCAAGAUCCUGCUGAUCGACAUCGACUUUCAGGACGGCCGCGUCAGGAACGUGGCGUUGUCGAGCGCCAUCAGCAUCGAGUCGAUCGACGCGCGCAGCUACGACUUUGUCGAAGGCUUCGGCGACUUCGUCAAGGUGGAGCGCGUUCUGCACGAAAACCUGCAGGCCGCCACGCUCGACAACUUCAACAAGAACCUGCGGCUUCUGGGCCAGCUCGACCGGCUCUCUGUGCCUGCGCCGUUCGACCUUUUCAACACGUUCAACCUGCUCACGUAUAAUUUAAUCAAGGCGGCCGAGGCCGAAAAAAAGCAGCACCGCCCGGGCCCGCUGGACGCGUUGACGGCGAGCGAGGCAGCGGAGGACGUGGCGUGCGGCGUGCAGGGCUUCGGCCAGGUUUUGGUGAACCACGACGCCAAAAUCGGGCUUUUUGUGAAGUACUGGCACGACGACCGGUUUCUGCCCGGCCUGCCUCACCCGGACUACUUGCUCCAUUUUAAAAUAGCCGAGAGCCCGCGGCUGGAAAAUGCGGAGUCGGGCAGCACGAAGCGAGUGGUCGAGUGGUACGACGGCGAGUGGAAGCCGGACGUAAACCUGGAGUUUCUGGUGCUGGAGCUGUGUCCGCCCGUGUGGAUUCCAGAGGACCUGCUAUUAGAGCUAGAUUUGGAAGAGUACGAGCUGCUCGGGCCGGACAACAGUGUUUUCAACAGCACGGCGGACGUGCUGGACAGCUUCUACAAAGAGGUGAACGAAGAAUACAGCCACAGGUUCUCGGACGGGAAGGGAUCAAAGCAUCAAGUGUUUUUCCUUACUGGUUGCAAAUUUGUGAAAGUGUAUAAAGUGAAGCUCGCGCGGCUGGAAAAACUGCGGCCGCUGAUCAGCGGGCUGCGCAGCUGGUGUCUGGUGAACAACCUGAUCCGCAACCUCGUCCGCCGCGAGCACAGGGAGGCCGAGUCGCAGCAGACCGAGGAGCUCUGGUUGAACGACAUGGUGAAGGACAACUUGGACAUUCUCAAGCAAGGACAAGCGGCCACAGGGCCGGUCCAGAACGUCACAAACGUGUCGAUCCAGACUCUCGCACAACACGAGAUCGAGCUAGAAGUGAAAGGGGUCCAUAUGAAAGUUCUGGAUGGCAAAGUCGAAUGUUCAGACAGGCUUGCUGCGCGCUUGGUGACGAAAACCGAACAUUUAUGGUGGGAUUAG